AUGAAUUUUAGCAUUUCAUCUUCUAGGAACACAAAAUCAAAAGGCAAAUGGAAUGAAGAAAUUGGAAUGGCAGAAGUGUUUGAGAAGAAUGGCAAAAUGUGGGUAACAACUGGAAUAGUUCGUAACGGCAAGAUUUACACUUCAAUUGAGGAAACAUUGUACCUUAUGGAACUAGAAGCCUUAGAUUUAUUUGAUAAUAGUGAUAGGAGUAUACCUCUAGUAGAAAUGUAUGAAAAGGUUGCUGGUGGGAAGACUGGAUGUUGUUGGGAGCUUUUUGAAGCUUACAGGCACCUCAAAUCUCUUGGGUACAUAAUUGCGCGGCACAAUGUUGCUUGGAGUUUGAAGUGUAUCGGGAAUUCCGUUAAAUGUGUAGAUCUUGAAGGAACAGAAGAAUGCAAACAAUUAGUAGACAUGGUUUCCAAAAUCGAGAUUUCCAUUGAUAAGUUAUUUGGUGACUUGAAGAUUAAUGAUUUGAAGCCGGAUUUUGAUGUUUAUCUUCCAAACAACAGGUUUAGAAAGUCUUCUCCCGGUAAUCCAAAUUUUUUGCUGUACUUGUCGAGGGGCCAUCUUCCACCUAGAACAGAAAUUGAAGUUCUUGAGAGACAAUGUGGCGGCAUUCCAUUGAAAAUUUGCCUGGUCACUGAAGGAAGGGUCAGUUUCUUUUCCUUUGACAAGGUUGAACUGCCUGUUCUACCCUGA